AUAAUAUUUUAAAAUUCAUAUUUUCAGAUUAUAAAAACAUUAGAAAACAAAAGUACACAUAGAGUGGAGAGCAUUAAGCCUCUCAGUUUCAGACCCAAAAAGGGCAGAUUUUCCCGCCACAACUGAUCGGAGAGAAAGAAGAGUUCGAAGCAGAGGUUCUAGGGUUUCGGGGGAGCUGGCAAUUGGCGAAACAAAGUUUCAACAAUGGCUUCCGCUCCUGAAGAUUUAUCUCAAUUCGAUGUUUCCAACGAGGAGAAGGACAGGCUUGUAGCAGAAGUAAUCCGCUAUGUGCUAUUCAAAACCCAACAAACCGCAGGCUGCCCAAUCAAGAGAGAGGAGCUCACUCAACUCGUCUCCAAAAACUAUCGCCACCGAGCUAUUCCUGGCUUUAUCAUUAACGAGGCCAAAGAGAAGCUUUCAACCAUUUUUGGCUAUGAAAUGAGGGAGCUUCAACGUUCUCGACCUUCGUCGGCAAAUCAGGGCCGCUCUUCUCAACAGAGUGUUGCAGAUGCAAAAUCCUAUGUCAUCAUGAGUAAAUUACCGGGUGAUGCUUAUAAAAAAUAUGUUGAUGAUGGAAAUACAGCUCACUUGACUGGUUUCACUUUUGUGGUAAUUAGUAUUGUACAUCUUGCUGGGGGCAAAGUUGCUGAAGAGACCCUUUGGCAUCAUUUGAGGCGGAUGGGAUUGGAUGAACGUGGUGAAAGCCAUCCUGUCCUUGGAAAUGCUAAGCAGGCAUUGGAAACACUUGUCCAGCAAAGAUAUUUGCAGAAGGAUAAAGUAAAUGGACCUGAAGGCACCACUUUGUUUUAUGAGCUUGCAGAGAGAGCUUUAGACAGAUCUGUCAGUGACAGAAUUAAAGAAUAUAUAUCAGAGGUUGGGAAGAACGAGGCGACGUAUGUGGAUGAUGACUAGUCCUGUUGCAGACUUAAGUUAACUUUGUAGAUAUUAAUAUUUUAUUUAUUUAUUUUAAUGGUAGUAUUAGACGAUUCUAUACUUUGUUGCCCUACCCAUAGGACUCUUCUCGUUCCUGUUGGAGGCAGUAAUUUGAUGCCAAUCGUUUUUUUUUUUUUGGAGUAUCUAUGGUAUGCAUACUGGCAAUGGGGGAUAACCUUACAUGAAAUAGACUGGGCUCAAGGUGAAGGUAACAGCUUUACUGUAGUUUUUCUUGUUUCUUUGUCGCUUCUUUGGAGGAAUGUAAAUUUUAAUUUGCAUUUUGAUUUGUGCUUUUUAUAGAUGUUGUACGAGUAUUGGACAUUUUCAUGCAAAAAUUUGUAUUUCGCUGGACC